GUUCCAGAAUAGCGAUGGGGAGGUCAAAUACUUGCAUGAUGCUGAAGAACUGAUUCGGCCAGAGCGGAACACGUUGAUCGUAAGCUUUGCGGAUUUGGAGCAGUUCAAUCAGCAGCUCUCUACCACUAUUCAGGAGGAAUUUUACAGGGUUUACCCUUACCUCUGCCGAGCAGUAAAGACUUUUGCCAGAGACCAUGGAAAUGUUCCUUCUAACAAGGACUUUUAUGUUGCAUUCCAAGAUCUACCUACCAGACACAAAAUUCGAGAAUUGACAUCAGCAAAAAUUGGCUCACUGAUGCGUAUCAGUGGACAGGUGGUACGUACCCACCCAGUCCAUCCUGAGCUUGUAAGUGGAACCUUCCUGUGCCUCGACUGCCAGACAGUGAUUAAAGAUGUGGAACAGCAAUUUAAAUACACGCAGCCAAACUUCCUGCUGGACACAAACAAAUCAAGAUUUGUUGAUUUCCAAAAGGUUCGCAUUCAGGAGACGCAGGCCGAGCUGCCGCGUGGUAGCAUUCCUCGCAGUGUGGAAGUCAUCUUGCGUGCAGAAGCAGUGGAGUCUGCUCAGGCAGGUGACAAAUGUGACUUCACAGGGUCACUGAUUGUCGUUCCUGAUGUGUCCCAGCUCUCAACACCAGGGGUACGUGCAGAAACCGGCUCCCGGGUGAGCGGGACAGAGGGCUAUGAAACCGAAGGCAUCCGAGGACUUCGCGCCCUUGGAGUCAGAGAGCUGUCGUAUAAGCUAGUCUUUCUAGCUUGUUAUGUUGCACCAACAAAUCCACGGUUUGGUGGAAAAGAACUCCGAGAUGAAGAACAGACUGCAGAAAGCAUUAAAAAUCAAAUGUCUGUGAAAGAGUGGGAAAAAGUUUUUGAAAUGAGCCAAGAUAAGAACCUUUACCAUAAUCUAUGCACCAGCCUUUUCCCCACUAUCCAUGGUAAUGAUGAAGUGAAACGUGGGGUCCUGCUAAUGCUUUUUGGAGGAGUUCCUAAGACCACUUCAGAAGGCACUUCAUUGCGUGGGGACAUCAAUGUUUGUGUUGUUGGUGAUCCAAGUACAGCCAAGAGUCAAUUUCUAAAGCAUGUGGAUGAGUUCAGUCCUCGUGCUGUAUACACCAGUGGAAAAGCCUCCAGUGCUGCUGGUCUAACAGCAGCUGUUGUAAAAGAUGAAGAGUCUCAUGAAUUUGUCAUUGAAGCUGGAGCACUGAUGCUGGCGGAUAAUGGUGUUUGUUGCAUUGAUGAAUUUGACAAAAUGGACGUGCGGGAUCAAGUAGCCAUUCAUGAAGCAAUGGAGCAGCAGACUAUAUCCAUUACUAAAGCAGGAGUAAAGGCUACCCUGAAUGCCAGGACCUCCAUUUUAGCUGCAGCAAACCCAGUUGGCGGGCGCUAUGACCGAUCCAAGUCACUGAAACAGAAUAUAAACCUGUCGGCUCCCAUCAUGUCUCGCUUCGAUCUCUUCUUCAUCCUUGUGGAUGAAUGUAAUGAGGUUACAGAUUAUGCCAUUGCCAGACGCAUAGUGGAUCUGCAUUCCAGAGUAGAAGAAUCUGUUGAUCGUGUCUACUCAUUAGAUGAUAUCAGAAGGUAUCUGCUGUUUGCAAGACAGUUUAAACCAAAGAUAUCUAAGGAGUCUGAGGACUUUAUAGUGGAGCAGUAUAAACGACUACGGCAGCGUGAUGGCUCUGGAGUGACAAAGUCAUCCUGGAGAAUCACAGUGCGACAGUUGGAAAGCAUGAUUCGGCUGUCUGAAGCUAUGGCCCGUAUGCACUGCUGUGAUGAGGUUCACCCAAAACAUGUGAAGGAAGCUUUCAGGCUUUUAAAUAAGUCCAUCAUUAGAGUUGAGACUCCCGACAUCAAUUUAGACCAAGAUGAUGAACAGCAAAUGGAGGAUCAAGAGGACCAAGAUGGAGUCAAUGGUGAGGCAGAAGCUCCAGCUGGGGUCAAUGGUCUUGUGAAUGGGAUCAACGGCCAUUCUGAGGACAUGAACAAGGAUGCCGCACCCAAAGCUUCUCUUAGACUGGGCUUCUCUGAGUAUCGACGAAUUUCUAAUCUCCUGGUGCUGCACCUCAGGAAGGCAGAGGAAGAAGAGGAUGAUUCAUCAUUAAAGAAGAGUGAACUUAUUAAUUGGUAUCUAAAGGAAAUUGAAUCUGAAAUAGAAUCUGAAGAAGAACUAAUAAAUAAAAAGAAGAUCAUAGAGAGGGUCAUUCACCGACUUACACAUUAUGACCACAUUCUGAUAGAACUGUCCCAGUCAGGACUGAGAGGAUCCAGAGAAGAGGAGACUUUUGAUGAAGAUCCGUACCUGGUUGUCAACCCAAACUAUCUGCUGGAAGACUAAGGGCUGGGAACUGGAUUGUAGAGCUGACUAGUUACAUGUUGGAAAAUGCAUUCUUUUCUUGCAAGGGUUGCUGUAAAGCUAACAUCUUAAAUUCCUGUGAAUGCUUUACUGUGGAAUGCGCCAAUGUGCGGUUAGUAAUAUAUGAUUGCUCAUUUACCCUGAGCAUACCUAGAAAGUUUUUAAAGAAAUGGCACACUUCUAUAUUAACUUCGUUAUUAAUUCUGGGUUUCAAUGCCAUCAUCCAGAUGCAGAGGAGAAUCAUUCAAUAGCUCUUUUCAGCAUCAAGCUAUGUAGAUGCUUCUGUUUUAAAUGAGA